GUAGGCGCGCGCACGAGCGAACAGGAAGUUUUACUCACUACGACGCUACGUCACUAGCGUAACGGUCGGACGCUGUGGAGAGAAAAGUUGUCGGUGUUUUUUGAAGAUUAAGUCGAAUACAUUAAAACUUUAGGAGGAUUCUAAAGAUGUCUUCAGGGGCUCUGUUUCCGAGUUUGGUCAGCGGCUCGAGGGGAAGCUCCAGCAAAUACCUGGUGGAGUUCCGUGCCGGAAAAAUGACCUUGAAAGGGAACACAGUUACACCCGACAAACGCAAGGGUUUGGUUUACAUCCAGCAGUCUGAUGACUCCCUGAUCCACUUCUGCUGGAAGGAUAGAACCACAGGCAAUGUUGAUGAUGACCUGAUCAUCUUUCCGGAUGACUGUGAGUUUAAGCGGGUGAACCAGUGCACCACGGGACGUGUCUAUGUGUUGAAGUUCAAGGCCGGAUCCAAAAGACUCUUCUUCUGGAUGCAGGAGCCUAAAACGGACAAAGAUGAGGAGUUCUGCCGUAAAGUGAACGAGUAUCUGAACAACCCCCCAAUUCCUGGAGCGUCUGGCAGUGGUGGUGGCAGCGGCCAUGAGCUGUCCGCACUGGGCGGAGAGGGAGGCCUCCAGAACCUGCUGGGAAAUAUGAGCCACAACCAGUUGAUGCAGCUGAUCGGUCCAACAGGCCUUGGUGGACUGGGAGGCCUGGGAGCGUUAGCAGGACCAGGGCUUGCAAACCUUCUGGGCAGUGGGGGUCCACCCACUAGCAGCUCCUCAUCCAGUUCUCGGAGCCAAGCUGCAGCAGCAGCAGCCUCCUCUUCAUCAGCUGCAGCCCCGAGACUCAGUUCUACCCAAACUCCAAGCACCCCGACACCUCCUGCUGCGACCGCUCCCUCCACUACUGCUGCCCCCGCUACCCCCUCCACACCAGCUCCAGCUCAGACACCUGUGGCUCCAGCCUCUGUGGGAAGCCCUCCCCCUCAUCAGCACAUCCAGCUCAGUGACCUUCAGAGCAUCCUGGCCAACAUGAAUGUUCCAGCAGCUGCUGCUGCUCAGGGUCCUGCAGUGGACCUAGCAAGUGUUUGCACCCCAGAGAUGAUGGCUCCCAUCCUGACCAACGCUGAAGUCCAGCAGAGGCUCCUCCCCUUCCUUCCCAGUGGAGAAAGCUUACCACAGAGUGCUGAGGAGAUCCAGAACACUCUUAACUCACCUCAAUUCCAGCAGUCCAUGAGUAUGUUCAGCAGUGCCUUGGCUUCCGGACAGCUCGGCCCACUCAUGAGUCAGUUUGGUCUGUCAGCUGAAGCUGUGGAUGCCGCCAACAGGGGAGAUGUAGAAGCGUUUGCCAGAGCCAUGCAGGGCAGCAAAGGAGACUCCAAAGAGAAGAAAGAGGACGACGAAGACAUGAGUCUGGAUUAGAGACGAGCCAGCCAAGUCCCACACUCUUCUGUGCUUCCGUUUACCUCUCUUUAUAUCAGCAUUGUCUUCAACCAUUUUCUACACCAAAGGCAAUGUUUCUACUCAGGAGAAAUGAAAUAUUAGCUAGGGUUUACUUUGACCACCUAGUAGACUUUUCUGUGUUUGAAUUUCUCCUCUGUUCCAUUUCUUUUAAACUGUUCUGGGACUAAGCCUUGUUUUCUUUUUGUUCUUAAAGUAAAGACUGUCUGUGUGAUGUCAGUUUUUUGGGGACUAACUAAUAAAAAUAAAGGAUAAA